AAGUAGCUAUAUGCGCACCGGGGUAUAAAACAGCACGGACAGACGGCCCGUUCACCCUCGCCCAAACUCGCAAGCUCGGUCACUCACCAUACGUGCACAUCCGCGAUGGCUAGACGCGUCGUUCUCGUCUGUCCAGUCGACUCGUCUCGCCGAAAGCCUCGUUAUUCCUCCACACUCUCCGAGAGGAGGGGGCUCUUGCGCUCCGUCCUUACCGAAGGGCUGCGUAUGUGCGAGUCCCUGCCAAUUCGUUUGCGCGACUGACCUGCGUGUCUCCAGGAAGAUCACGAAGAAUCCCCGCGUGCGUAUGCGCUACAACGAGCACGACUUUUGGGAGCACGUCGUGCGCCGGCUCCACUACAAACUCGUCGGCUGGCCGCCGUCGACUCCCUUCACGAACCUGAGCAAUCUCAAGGGCGGUCGCCGUCCCGUCGAGGAGCUGCUCCAGCUCUGGAGCAAGGGGACCCUCACCUUCAUGCACCGGGCCUGCCGGUGCGACCUCAAGAGCCACAGAAACCCGCUGACGGCGUCCGGGAAGCCGCGCCGUUGCCGCCACCGAGGCGCAAUCACGCCGCUCUAUGUUCACGAAGCCGUCGAUGCGCGCAUGGACACCGAGAUCGAGGAAGUUGAGGCGGAGGCGGGCGGCAGACGGGUAGCGCAGGGUGAGCUUGCGGAGGACCCUAUCGGUGAUGCAGACGGCUGGUAGUAGAUUCCGUCGCGUACAUCAGAAUUGAUUGUGAUUUGUCGAAGACGUGCAAGCGGGAGGACGGCGGCAGAGCGAGACAGAAUUGCCCGCAAGUGACGGUCAGAGCGAAGCCUCUGGCGCC